UUUGUAUUGUUACGUUCUUUAAUCACAUUGUCUUUCUAUGAUCGUUUGCUUUGAUAUUUGACAAUCAUUUGUGAAAUUGAUCAACAUUUUAACACAUAAAAUCUCCGUUUUAAUAAUUACUAGUGAUAGACGUGUAUGACUGAACAAUCUAAGUGAAAAAAAUUUUUGCUUUGUAAAUAAUACAUUAUGGAUAUCAAGAAAUUGCAAGAAUUCAUGGAACUGGUAGGCAGAUUGAAGCAUAUGAAAAGAACAGGAUGGGUUCAUAAGAAUGUGUCUGAUCCAGAAACAAUCGCAGGUCACAUGUAUAGGAUGGCCAUGCUUUCCUUUCUGUUGAAUAAUGAUGAGAACUUAGAUACAGUCAAAAUCAUGCAGAUGUCUUUAAUACAUGAUUUGGCAGAGUGUAUUGUGGGAGAUAUAACACCUCAUUGUGGUAUUCCACCUGAUGUAAAACAUAAAUUAGAGGAUGAAGCUAUGGAAAACAUUUGUGAACUCCUUGGAGACAGAGGACUUACAAUAUUGGAAAUAUUUCGUGAAUACGAGAAGCAAGAAACCCCAGAAGCAAAAUAUGUUAAAGACUUAGACAGAUUAGAUUUAAUUAUGCAAGCAUAUGAGUAUGAAAAAAGAGAUAAUAUUCCUGGAAAGUUGGAGGAAUUCUUUUUGUCAAAUGAUGGUAAGAUAAGACAUCCUUUUAUCAAGAAACUAGCAUCUGAAAUUACUGCAACAAGGCAGGCUCUAUGUAGCAGUUCUAUUAGUUCAAUAUAAAGUUUUAUCUGUUUGUUAUGAAGCAAAACAUCACAAAUUUCAUAACUGUAUUUAAUAGCUAUAAUAUAAUAAUAUAAUAUUUUCAUAAAAAAUGAAGAUAAAUAUGUUUAGAGCUACUAUUUCAAAUAUAUUUCCAAUUAUUGACAUAGCGAUAUUUUUCUUUAUUUUCUAUGAAAAUAAGUCUUUAUAAAUAUUUUAUUAACAAAUUUUUUAAAUAAUAUUUAUAACAAAUUUAAUUAAUAAAACUUACAAAGUAUUAGAUCACUGUGACAGAUACUUUGAGAUUUAAUACCAAAUAAUAAAAAAAUUUUACCUUAA